AUGGCCUCUCACUCUUCUACUUCUACUUCUACUACUUCUUCUCCCUCUCCUUCCCCCCUUUCGACUUCCUCUUCCAACAUUACCCCUAGCUCCUACUUCACCUCUAUUGUGCGGAGGCGCCAACAAAAGAAAAUGAGCAUCACUCAAACAUACUACCUCGCCCACACCGCCCGCAAGAAGCUCACCCGGGAAGCUUCGCGGGCGGACCAUGACCUCCGCCUCCUCGUUGGCCAUGCCAACCUCCUGGAUUCCCUGAUGCUGGAAUUAGCCGAUGCCGAAAGAGAACAAGAACGUUGGUUCAACCAGACAGUCAGCGGAGUGACCAAGACCUCUUCGCAAGGUUCAGAAUCCCGACACAUCCAAUGGGCAGAAACCGUGGUCGAAGAUCCCGAGGAGGACUGGGACCCCGAGGACCUCUCCGACGCCGACUCUGAUGUCAGCGACUCCGACUCCGACUAUGAUGAAGACGAAUAUGAAGAUGAAUCUCACAUCUACACCCCCGUGCGUCGGCGGGCCCCAUCACCGGUCGCCAUCAUCACCGAAAAGGAAGUGGAGGAGGAUUACGACUCCGACUCUGACUCGGACUUUGAAUACGAUGACGCGGAAGACUUGGAGGAAUUGACAUUGACCCGCUCACCCUCCCGACAAACCCCUCCCGACUUGCUGUCCGACUCGGAUGGGGAAUCAGAAGACGAUACCAUGCCGCCGUCGCCUCCCCAACCGACCCUUGAAACAUUCAACGAGAAGGAACCUCAAACCACAGAGAUCCCCCUCUCCCCUACGGAUCUCGACAAUGGGUAUUACGUCCCUGGCCAGGCACGCAGCACGAUUAUCGAGGCGUACUGA